GGCCUGCCGUGGGCCGGCACCGGCACCGUCAUGGCGGCGGAGCGGGAGCGGGACCUGUGCUUCUACCGGCAGCUGCCCAAAGUGGAACUUCAUGCUCAUUUGAAUGGCUGUAUCAGUUCUGCCACUAUGAAGAAACUUGCGGCCCGGAAGCCAGACUUGCAGAUCCAGAACGGAAUGACUGUGAUUGACAAAGGAAAGAAAAGAACCUUAGAAGAGUGUUUUCAGAUGUUCCAGAUCAUCUAUCAGAUUACCACUAGGACUGAAGAUAUUUUACUGAUAACUAAAGAUGUUAUUAAAGAAUUUGCUGAUGAUGGUGUCAGGUAUCUGGAACUGAGGAGCACUCCUAGAGAAGAAGAGUCUACAGGUAUGACCAAAAGGAUGUAUGUUGAAACUGUACUUGAGGGUAUAAAGCAGUGUAAAGAAGAAGGCUUGGAUAUAGAUGUAAGAUUGUUAAUAGCAAUAAAUAGAAGAUGUGGCCCGGCAGUUGCUAAGCAGACUGUUAAACUUGCUGAAAAGUUCCUUCUUUCCACUGAUGGGGUUGUAGUAGGACUUGACUUCAGUGGUGAUCCCACCGCAGGACAUGGUAAGGAUUUUUUGGAACCACUCUUGGAAGCAAAGAAAGCAGGUCUGAAGCUGGCAUUGCAUCUCUCAGAGAUUCCAAAUCAAGAAGAGGAGACUAAAAUCCUCCUGGGCCUGCCUCCUGACAGAAUUGGACAUGGAACGUUUCUCAACUCCGCAGAUUCAGAAGAGUUGGUGCUACUUGUUCGGCAGAAUCAGAUACCCAUUGAACUUUGCAUGACAUCAAACAUCAAAACUCAGACAGUGCCUUCCUGUGACAAACACCAUUUUGGAUACUGGUACAAUAUGGGCCACCCUACAGUGCUUUGUACUGAUGAUAAAGGCGUCUUUGCAACAGAUCUAUCGCAAGAAUACGAGCUGGUUGCGAAAACAUUUAAUCUGACUCGAUCGCAGAUGUGGGAUCUUUCCUAUGACUCCAUCAACUAUAUCUUUGCUUCAGAUGUAAUAAAAUCAAAGCUGAGGGAAAAAUGGGAUAGGCUGAAGUCAACUCUGUUUGACUGAUCGAACCGCUGCUGUAAACAGCUUGGGUGUAUUAGCUCACAUAAUAAGCAUUUUUUUACCGAAGUUCCUGGCUUUAUUCAGACUUCAGGUUUAUAAAUCCAUCCCAUAAACUGUGCCUGUGCAGAAUGAAGACAACAGGAAUAUGUCCUUUGUGGGAACAGAAGUCAAUGUUAAGUAGUUGGGAAGGGCUCUCAACUAGAGACUAAAAUUGCAAGUGUGUUGUCAUGUUUUUCUGUCCAGUUGAUACGGCCUUUUCAGAAUGUUCUUAGUUGAAAUAUAUCAUCAUACUACAAUCAUCUGGGAGCUGGAGCAAACUGCAGGCACAACUGAUAGGGUUUAAAAUGUCUCUGUUGGUAACAUUAUUAAGCAGUUUGUCUGUAUGACGUGUAUAUUUGUGUAUUGUAUUGGUUUUAAACUAAAGUUUUGAGCCAUUGAUUAAACAUGAUGACAGAAACAAACUCAGGGAGAAUGAAAUAUUUGUCCCAAAGGAAUAAAAUAUUGCAUCUGUUUUAAUUGGUGUACAUGUGUGACUGAAGGCUCCUGUGGAUGGUGUAGCAGGUGUGGCAGUGUCUAUUGAUGCACUUAGCACUGGAAGUAUUUAGACAAAGUUAGGACUCUUGAAUGCCUUGGUAAAUUGUGAGCUACUUGGGAAAAAUGUUCUAAUUCUUAAAAUGCUUCUUACAUUUGCUGUUUGUUUCUUGGAAAAAAAAAAAAAAACCAAUAAACCCAUCUUUAAUCUCCCAGGUUUUCA